AUGAAGCUCUUCAACCUCAUCAUCUCAACUCUUGCCGCAAGUUCGGCCGUUCAUGCGAUCGAUAGUACUUUCUCUAGUACUUCUUCGGGUCUCCGUCGAACACUCUACAGACAAACCCUUGAGGACGAAAAAGUUUACGAACCUCGUCAAGACGAACAAACAGCCGAAGAGGAAAUGGCAGAGGGCAAAUUCAUCACUAUUCGAGUCACCAACCAAGCCUAUCAACAACCCUUUGGAGCCUUCUUUGUCAUGACACACCAUGUCAUGCUGACGUGA